AGACAACCAGCCCCCGACCACCCCCCGACCAACCCCCCAACUUGCCGUGGUCUGAACAGGCGAGGAGGGAACGCAGCAACCGGUGCAUUCGCUCUAAAAGGGAUAACCGCUAGUCUUGCUGGAGGAGAAUUCGCUGCAGCAGAGACAUAUAGAGGCGGGGAGCAUGAGGUCCCGCAGUAACAGUCUGGAGGAUGUGCCCCGGCUGCACCCUUCACACCCAGCUCUGGGCGACACGCGGCGACGCUCCGGAGAGAGGGAGGAGCCUACAGGCCGAGAACGCCGCAGCAGGCACCGAGAACCGCCCGACCACACGGGAACUAUACAGAGGAACCACCGGGCACACAAGAACAGCACCUGCACCUGUCCCAACACAUGCACCAGCACCAGCUCCUGUCCCAGCGCGGCCACAGCGGGCACUGCCAAGGCCGGGCGCAAGGAGAAGGGACGGGACCUCUCCAAAGAUGAUCUUGUGUUUCUACUGAGUCUGCUGGAGGGAGAGCUACAGGCCCGGGAUGAGGUGAUCACUGUGCUGAAGGCAGACAAGAUGGACCUGGCUCUGCUGGAGGCCAAGUAUGGCUUUGUGACCCCACACCAGGUGCUCCAGGCGCUGCAGAGGGACGGUCUCCAGGGCAAGAGCCAGCUGUUCCAGGAGGACAUCUACGAGAGGCCCAUGGUCGAGCUGGACCGGCUGGUGGAGAAGCAGAGGGAGACCCACAGGCGCAUGCUGGAGCAGCUCCUGAUGGUGGAGCAGUCUCACAAACAGGCCCUGUAUAAGCUGGAGGACGAGAAGAGAAACCACGAGGAGUUCAUGAAGAAGAGCGAUGAGUUCACCAACCUCCUGGAGCAGGAGCGUGAAAGAUUGAAACUAUUGAUCGAUCAGGAGAAGGCCUACCAAGAGAGAAAAGACGAGGAGCACAACUCAAAGGUCUCAGGUCUGAAGGAGGAGCUGACCAAACUCAAGUCUUUUGCUUUGAUGGUCGUGGAUGAACAGCAGCGCCUGAGUGAGCAGCUCCAGCAGCAAACAGCCAAGGUCCAAGAAGCCAGCGCCUCCGCCUCCCAGGCCCAAGAGGAGCUGAGCGCGACCACCGCCCGCCUGCACGAGGAGGAGGAGAAGGUCCGACGCUUAGAGGAACAGCUCCGAGACCAGGCCGCAAAACACCACCAGGAGCAAGAGGCCAUGACCGCCAAGCUAACCCACGAGGACGCGCACAACCGCCAGCUCCGCCACAAGCUCUCCGCCCUGAGCCGAACGCUGGACGAGCUGGAGGAGAGCAACAAGACUCUGCGGCGAGCUGACGAGGAGCUGCAGGAGAUCAGGGACAAGAUCAGCCGUGGCGAGUGCGGCAAUUCCAGCCUCAUGUCCGAGCUGGAGGAGCUACGGAAGCGCGUGCUGGAGAUGGAGGGCAAGGACGAGGAGCUGAUCCGAAUGGAGGAUCACUGCAGAGACCUCAAUAAAAAACUGGAGAAGGAGGCGGUCCAAAGCCAGAGUCUGAAGUCCGAAGUGGAUAAACUCAACCUCAGAAUUAUGGACUUGGAGAAGUUAGAGGACGCGUUUAGCAAGAGCAAACAGGAAUGCAACGCCCUCAAAAGCAACCUCGACAAGGAGCGAACGGUAUCCAAGCUGCUAUUCAGUGAACUGGAAAGCUUACAGGGUCGAGUCAGAGAACUGGAAGCUGCGGAGAGUCAGUUAGCAAAGAGCGAGCUAACGUUAAAAGAAGAUCUGUCCAAGCUAAAGACGCUAACAGUGAUGCUGGUGGAUGAGAGGAAAACCAUGAGCGAAAAGCUGAAGCAGAUGGAGAACAAAGUGCAUAGCAGCACGGGGAAGCUUCAGGCGGAGCAGGACAAGGUAACCACGGUGACAGAGAAGCUCAUUGAGGAGAGCAAGAAGGCCCUGAGGUCAAAGGCCGAGCUGGAAGAGAGAAUGUGCAGCGCCACCAAAGAGAGAGACGAACUGAGAGCUAAGCUGAGAUCAGAGGAGGAGAGGAGCGGUGAUCUGGAGUCUAAAAUCAGCCUGAUGAAGAAACGUCUACAGGCCUUGGAGACAGUCGAGAGAGAGUAUCUGAGAAACAAGGCCAAAGAGGAGCACAUCAAAACACCAAUCGCAAACCGCUUCCAACAAGAGGACAACAAGGUGAAAGACUUGACGCAGGAAGUGGAGAGGCUGAGACGAAAGCUUAAAGAUAUGAAAGUGGUAGAAGGCGACGCAUUUAAGACAGAGGAGUUUGAACUACUCGAGAAGAGGUUCACGAACGAGCAAGAGAAAGCCAAGGCGCUGAUGGAAGAGUUGGAAAUUUCAAAGAAGGAACUGUCAAAAUAUCAGCUCGCCGAAAAGAAAGAGUGUAAUCAGGAGACGGUUCUGUACAAGAGACUGAAGGAAGAGGAGGCGAAAUCCAGCCACCUGAGCCGAGAAGUAGCUGCGCUCAAAGAGAAGAUACACGAUUACAUGGGCACGGAGGACUCCAUGUGCAGGAUGAAAACGGAUCACUCCAGCUUGCAGAGGAAGCUCACCCAGCAGGAAGUCCGGAACAAGGAGCUUUCCAGGGAGAUGGAGGGCCUCACGAGAGAGCUGGAGAGGUACAGGAGGUUUAGCAAGAGCCUGCGCCCGGGCAUGAACGGCAGGCGCUUCUCAGACCUCCACCUGUCCACCAAAGAAGUCCAAACAGAGCCUUUGGACCUAAUGUCUCCCCAGCACAAAACCAUGGUGCCACUGGAACGAGCUGUGGUCAAUGGGAAGCUGUACAGCGAAUCUGAAGACAACGUGAAUUACAACAACGAGCUUCAAAUAAACAAGUGCAGCUCUUCCAUGAUGAAUAAUGUCAAUAAUCUUAACAACAUGCGUAGAGCCCGAGCGCCAAUGUUGAAAAGCAAAGAGCCGGUGCAUCAGAUGAACGGUAAUGUGUCCCCACGGCAAAACGGCGACGUGGUUUUGACCCACACCCCAGGUCAGCCUCUGCACAUCAAAGUGACCCCCGACCUCAGCCAGAGCACCGCCACUCUAGAGAUCACUAGCCCCACCUCCGAACCGCCCCAAUCCUUCACCAGCACGGCCGUCAUCCCCACCAGCGGAGCGCCACCCAAACAAAGGAUCACCAUCAUCCAGAACGCUUCGCUAUCUCCCACCGCAAAGCCCAUGUCCCCCAAAUUCAAAACGAUGGACGAUCCGUGCUCCCCGGACAGAACCGCAUCUCCGUUCUCCGUGACGGCGUUGUCGAGAGCCAUGACCCCGGAUUCGUGCGGUUCCGUGACUCCUGACCGAGCGAUGUCCCCGAUCCAGAUAGUGCCCGGCGAGCCCGUGGAGGUGGUGGGCGGGCACGCGGUCUUCAGGGUGACCCCGGAGAGGCAGGGCGGCUGGCAGGUGCAGAGGUCCAACAGCACGGGGCCCAACGUCAUCACCACGGAAGACAACAAGAUCCACAUUCACCUAGGGAGCCCGUUUCUGAACAUCGGAAGUCCCACGCAGGAGCAGAGGACUCAGGUGUUGGCGAACUGUAGCACGCCUCCUCCCAAAGCAAACAACAAAAUCACCAGUAGCAUAAUGAUUAAGCCCAGCGCCAGCCCAGUGCAAAGGCCCUCACAAAUAACAAUCCCUCUAGAAGCAUUCCGACGCCCCGGGCCCACUAAGAUCCCCAAACCCAAGAACUACGCAACCAUCAAGGUGCCCGCGAGCGCCCCCAGCUCUUCAGGCGGACCGGGGAAACUGCAGGCGCCACAGAACACAGCCACAAACAACAAUAACAACCCCAACCUGAUGAACCGGAGACUAUGAUGGAACUAGAUGGACAAAGACAGGUUAAAGUGAUGUUAAACUAUUGAGAAGGGCGGUAAGAUUUUUAUAAAUGCUUUAAAGGGCCCAUAUUACCUGUACGAUACCUUCUGAUCUGUUAUGUUGUUUCCUCAUCAUAAACAGACCUGGAGUUGUGUUUUGCUUCAUUCACACAUGUUUAACACACAAAUCCUGCAUAUUUAGGCUCUGUUCCACCUUGUGAUGUCAUCAUGUGGUAAUACAGGGAGUGC